AGCAGAGCGCCCGCCCCUCGGUCAGGUAGCCCGGAAGAUGGCGGCGGCGGCGACGGCCGGAGGGGCCGUGUGAGCGGAGCGCGGACGCCGAUGCCGCGGAGGGCCGCGCCGCGGAGGCGGGGGGCAGCGGCUGCCGCAGGAGCUCCCCGGAGACGCUGAGAGCCUCGAGCCUCUCGUUCGGCGCCGAGCCGCGGGCCGGCGGCGGAGGACAUGCGGCGGCGCGAGGGGUUCGGCCCGGCGGCCGGGCGGCGGGGGGGCGGCCCAGCCGGGCUCGCCGUCCUGCUGUCGCUGCUUCUGGGGAGCGGCGGGGCGGCCCCGCUUCCGUCCGCAGGCGCAGGACAAGGGGCGGCAGCUGAAGUUUCCUCAUCUUUUGCUGUUCUAUCUGUCUGUGCUCUGGUAGUACUGGUGGUCCUGCUUGCAAACUGUGUCUCCUGCUGCAAAGACCCGGAGAUCGACUUCAAGGAGUUUGAAGAUAACUUUGAUGAUGAAAUAGAUUUCACGCCCCCAGCAGAAGAUACUCCGUCUGUUCAGUCUCCAGCAGAAGUUUUUACUCUUUCAGUUCCCAAUAUUGCUUUACCAACCCCAUCCCAGUUUCCAUCUCGUGCAGAUGGAUCAAAGUCUCAAGUUGCACGUCAGAGUCUAAACUACAUCCAGGAAAUUGGAAAUGGCUGGUUUGGAAAGGUUCUGCUUGGAGAAAUCUACACAGGCACUAGUGUGGCACGAGUGGUAGUGAAGGAGUUGAAGGCAAGUGCAGGUCUCAAGGAGCAAGAACAGUUUUUAAGAAGUGGAGAACCGUACUACAUUCUUCAGCAUCCAAAUGUUCUCCAGUGUAUUGGGCAAUGUGUGGAAGCUGUUCCUUAUCUCCUAGUCUUUGAGUUCUGUGACUUGGGUGACCUGAAAACUUAUAUCUGCAAUGAGCAGGACCACGUUAGAGGAGAUUCACAAAUAAUGCUGCUACAGAGAAUGGCAUGUGAGAUUGCUGCUGGACUUGCUGUAAUGCAUAAACAUAAUUUUGUGCAUAGUGACUUGGCCUUACGAAAUUGCUUUCUUACAUCUGAUUUAAAUGUCAAAGUAGGAGAUUAUGGUAUAGGAUUCAGUAGGUACAAGGAAGAUUAUAUUGAGACAGAUGAGAAGAAACUUGUUCCUCUCCGAUGGACUGCACCUGAAUUAGUAACGAGUUUUCAAGACAAACUAUUAUCAGCAGAGCAAAAUAAAUACAGUAACAUAUGGUCCCUGGGUGUAACAUUAUGGGAGCUGUUUGAGAAUGCUGCUCAGCCUUACUCAGACUUCUCUGACAGGGAGGUCUUAACCCACGUCAUAAAGGAGAAGCAGGUUAAACUUUUUAAGCCACAUCUGGAGCAGCCAUACUCUGAUAGAUGGUAUGAAGUUCUGCAAUUCUGCUGGCUACCUCCAGAGAAGAGACCAACAGCAGAAGAAGUGCAUAGACUUCUAACUUACCUUCGCAUGCAAAGCCAAAGGGACUCAGAGAUUGAUUUUGAACAGCAGUGGAAUGCUCUUAAACCAAACACCUCAAAUAGAGAAACAAAUAAUUCUGCAUUUCCGAUCUUAGAUCACUUCACAGGAGAUAGACUUGGCCAUGAAAUGGAGGAAGUUCUUACUGUAACUGAAACAAGCCAAGGUCUCAGCUUUGAAUAUAUCUGGGAGGCAGCUAAACAUGAUCAUUUUGAUGAGUGUGGUCAUGUGAAUCCUGAUGAAGCAAUGGCAUACACAAGUAUUUUCUUUCCAGUGGAGGUUUUUGAGAGGUCCCUUUCAGAGCAAGGGCCGGGAGCACAGGAUGGAAGUGGUCAGGAAGCAUCACUAGCUGUUCCUGGGGUGUUACCUGUGUUUGAUGCGCACAAACUUUCAGUUGGAAAUGACUACUAUAUCCAGUUAGAGGAAAAAGGUAGUGGCUGCAGCAUGAAUUUCGAUAACCAAUCAGUUGUACUGACUACAGAAGUUGAUCAAGAAGCUGUACAAGAAAAAAGUUCUCAUUUCAUGGUUCUCAGGGAUCUUGAUGUAGAAGAAUCUAGCACUGAUGGGGACUUCUUCCACUACAAUAGAGAUCCCAAAGAGGAAUUUUUGCCUGCUACUAGUAGUCCAGAAAGUCCUUUCCAAAGUAUAUUUAAUGACAUUGACAGAUCAGAAGAAUUAACAAAUAGAAAAAUAGUUGGUUUUGCUGAAACAAAUGAUAUUCCUAAAGACUUUAAACCAACUGUUUUAAACUCAAAGAUAGAUAUUACAAAUGUCCCAGGUUUUGGUGAGAAAGAGCAUUCUAGUCAUGGUUCUGAAAACAAAACAGUUUCUGUAUGUGAAAACAUCUCUAACCAGUCUGAGUUGGUAACUUUAGAAGAACUUUCUGAUAAUUUCUUGUUUCUUCAAGAGAAAAACUUACUAACAGAGAUACUGUCUAAUAAAACCAGCCGUGAUUUUGGGCAAAAAACAGAAGCUGUUCUAAAAAGUGUAUUAGACACCUCAAGUAGGACCUCUGUAGAGUCUGAGCCUGUAUUGGCUGAAAGUGUGCAGGUCUUUUCUUUAAUAUGUGGAAAUCCUGGAACUGUGAAAGAUGAAAACUUUAACCCAGUAGCAGUGGAUAAAGAUAUGAAUUCUCGGUCUCAGACUACUGUAGAGAUAGAGGCAUCCUCUAGUCCAUCUGCAGCAUAUAAGUUGCAUGAUAAAGAUAUAAAUCUUCCUUAUUUGAAGGAUGAGGGGAAACUUUCAAAUGUGGAAGUCAACCAAGCCUUGUUCUGUAACACUGAUACUUUCUUUCAAGAGCUGUCCAAUAAUGCAAAAAAUAAUAACGUUGGAAACAAUUCAUAUUACAGCGCUGCUGCUGAAGCAGAUCAGAGUAAUGUACAAAUAAAACAGGGAAUACUUUCCGAGUCUGAUGAAAUAGCUUUUAAUAAGGAAAAAUGUGAUCAGGAAGAUAUGGAAAGAAACUUGCAAUGUAAGUCUCCCAUAUUUAAAAAAGAUGCAGAUUUGUUAGAGGAAAGACAAGAAACGUCAAAUAAUUUUGAGAACUGUAAGGAUGUUCUGGAAGAGGUGACCUCAGCUUCUGUUGGCGCUUCAGACUGUGCGAGUCAGGACAGUCUUUUGGAAGAUAGCCCGUCUCCAAGAGAAGCUGUAGAGCAAGUCUUGGAGACGCCUGAUUCAUUGGAUUCUUUAGAUGUAAUCGAAGUUUUAGAAUCCUUACAGGCUCAAAGUCCACAAAAACUUUUGCCUCCUGAUAAGCCUGCUGACAGCGGCUAUGAAACAGAGAAUCUGGAGUCUCCAGAAUGGACUUCCCAUGUUACUGUUGAGGAUGCUUCUAAUGGGGAUACCGCUCACUGUAGUGUCAGUGAGAGCAGUGUCAACGAUCUGCCUUCUAAUCCAGUCAUAAUUGUUUCAGAAGCAGCACCUUGCUUAGAUGCAGUGAACAGCAAUUUUGAAAUAACCCCAUUAUCAAAUCAGAAUUCAUAUAGAGACUCUGCCUAUUUCUCUGACAAUGACUCCGAGCCAGAUAAAAAAACAGAAGAGACUGUAAAUCUAUCAAGGGAGACUACGUGUGGUGUUUCUUCAAAUAGAGGAGAGAAUAAUAGUGAGAAGGAUUACUGUUUGGAAGAGAGACCACAAAAGCACAAUCUAAGGAAUUACCAGGAUGCCGGUACUCAGAAUGCAGAACCAGAACUGGAUCGUAAGAUAGAGAUGCACGAGCUGGGUGUAAGGGUGCAGGGGUGUCCCGAGGAGUGGGCUGAGGCAACUCUGAAUUCCCUGGAGAUAUCAAUGGAAGACAAUGCGAAGGAUGAAAUAACGCUCUCUGAGACCUGCCAUAAAAGUGUCUCUUGCGUUGGCACUAACACUUCAGAGCUUCUCUCACACAGAGACUUUAAGUCUGUGCAUAACAUACACAAUUCUUUAGAUGCCAAUAAUAGCGAGAAGCCCUUCUACCAUAAUGAAGGACAAAAGCUGAAAGAGCCAGAUAUUGAAGGAAAAUACCUUGGCAAGCUUGAUGUUUCUGGAAUGCUUGAUUUAGAAGACGGUGAUGAUGCAGACGAGGAAGAUGAAAACAGUGAUUCUGAGGAUGACAUGAGGACUUUUCAUAUGCACAGCCUGAGUUCUGACAGUGAGGAUGAAACUGUUCACCAGGUUCCCGAGAUACUUACUGACAAGGAUGAUGGAAAACAUCUGAGAAGCUUACUGAAACUUCCAAAACCUCCUCAUGAAGGGCAAGCUGAGCACUGGAGAAACGAGAAGAAGGCUGUCACGUUCUUCGAUGAUGUCACGGUCUAUUUGUUUGAUCAGGAAACACCAACUAAGGAAUUGGGAAACCGUGUGGCAGACUUGAAUGGCGAAGGCUCUCACAGCACUCCUGCUCCAUCCUCGGGUUUUAGUUACUUCAACAGAUUUACCAAUUCAGAAAGCUCAACAGAUGAAGAAGGUGGAGGUUUUGAAUGGGAUGAUGACUUCUCUUCCCCAGAGCCAUCCUUUAUAUCAAAGGCAGCUAAUAGCCUUAUUAGCUCUAAACCACCUCUUCAGUCAAAGUACUUCUCUCCACCUCCUCCUGCCCGGACUCUCGACCAGAACUGGUCACAUUCAUCCCCUUACUCCAGAUUCUCUAUUUCUCCUGCAAACAUGGCAAGCUUUUCCCUUACGCAUCUUACAGAUUCAGAUAUAGAGCAAGGAGGAAGCAGUGAAGAUGGAGAGAAAGAUUAAAGGAAUUAAAAACUUUCUGGGACUUCAUACACAGGACGCACAGACUCUGCGUCUGAAACUUGUUUGUGUGAGCUCUGGAUCUCCUGGAGUGACACAGGUAACCGAGAAGUCCUGAGAAAUGAAAGUAAACACUGAAAGCAAUGUUAAAUCAGGACAUUAAUUUGAAUGUGUAUUUAACUUUGUAAUGUAUUUUUAAAUCAGUGCAAUUUUGCUUUUCAUUAUUGAAAGAUGAUUCUGCCGCUGUUUUCAAGUACUUGAAGUAUUUUUCAGAUAACGUAAGAAACGAGUUAAGCAAUUACACUACAGUCUGGUUUAUGUAUGAGAUUGUAUAAUAUUCUUUUUAUAUUUUUCCAUGUAGUUCAUUACCUGUUCGAACAUACACCUGUUGUAGAAUUGUGUAUAACUGUCCUGUGCAACAGGUGGCCGUGUUGCUGAAACUGUACGAAUGAUAGUUGAUCAGUAGUGAGCCAUAUUUAUUUAAAAGAUAUCACUACAUGUUACUUUGCUUAUUACAAUUGCACUAUGGAUUAUUCUUCCUCUAUUUCCUGAUGAUGUACAGAAUCAAAAUGUUAAAUCUUUCAAGGAAUAUAAGACAAGCUGAAUUGGCCCAGUUACCCAGUUUAAUUUGUCCUUUUUGUAGCCUUUGCUAUGCACGGUACUCGUAAAACGUACAUAACUUCUGAGUGUUACGUUAGAUUUGCUGAAAUCUUAUAUUCAGUACCAUUUCUAAAUGAUGAUUAUAGAUUGUUAGUGUUCAUGUUUUAUAGGAAACUGGAAUAGCGUAUAUGGUAUACUCUGGAAUUUGUAGAUGAAAGAUAAUGUCUCAAUUCCUGAAUAUGAUCCUACUGACUGCUUGAACUGUAAUUCCAUCUGACUAUGUCAUACUUAAGGGCCUUCCAGUUGGUACUACAGCUUUCUGCCUUGGAGAGAGAAGAAACAAAAUUGACUGUACAAAACUGGAAAUUGUGAAUCUUCUAAGAAAGACUGAUUUAAACAGACUGGAUUUCAGGCAUGUUUGGCCCUUCAGUUGUACAUUCUGUGAAUUUUGAAGCUCUCUUCUGCUGACUGCAGACUGGGGCUACCAUUCAGAGGCCUGUGGUAGAUCUACCUCUCAGUGAUGUUCCGACAACAAAGAAUUACACUAAUGGUUAAUAGCCAAUUCUGCACCCUUUAUAAGGCCAGACUUACUGUAAGAUAUCUGCAGGGCUCCAUGGUACAUCUUGAAACACAUACCCAAAGAUGUCGUAUAGUAAAGUUUACUCUGAAGCUGUCUGUAGGGAAAGGAAUACAGUGUGGUUCUUCAACCUUCAUGCUUUCCUGUGCAUUUAGUUAAAUUCUUUAAAUUGCUUGGAAAAAAAAUCUUUAAUUACUACCCCAAAGUGAGUUAAUUUGAGAAACAAAUCCCUGGCCUCUUGGAAUGCCUUAUGCAGCUGCAGAUCUGUAGGAAACACUGACAGGAACAGUUUACCUGGCUUUAAAUUACAUUGUAUUUUAGUGGCUUUUUUUGGGCAGGGCUUCAGUAUAAUGGUAGUCCUGGUGCUCUCUGUUCAGAUUCAGUCACCUGAAAACAUUCGCCCCGUGGAGUACAGGAAGACUGGAUAUUUACAGAUCUGUAAAGUUGGUGUCUAUUACUUCCGUAUGCAUUUUGAUUUUCUUUAAUGUAUGUUUUAAAUGGAAAGGAAUAUGUUAAUUGCUUCUUUCCAGCGUUGUCUAGCCCUCAGCCAGACUGGCUUCCGUACCAACCAAAAGGGAAUGAUGUAGUUCUGUCAAGUUAUUUAACAUUGCCACUGUGUUGGUGAGAACUUUGAUGAGGCACUCAGGUUCAGAGCUGGUAAGAACUGUGCUUCAGUGUGAAGUGAGGAGCAGCAUUUCUCAGACGUUUCCCAAAGCAUGAUUUAAGAGACGAAGCCAAGCAGUUCUUCAUACAUACUUACAGUGUGUACUGUAGAGGGCUUUAGGAAGCUGUGAGCCUCUUGUCAUAUGUUAAAAGAUAGAUAAUUGACUUUGUGCACAUAUUAUUGCUUAGAAAUUCCACAGUUUCAAUAUUAAACUCCUCGAUACAACUAGAAUGAGGAAUCACAUCGAAGUUCAACAAUUCUCACACUGUUAAGUGUGAAAAUUCAAAACUAAGAAUGAAACUCCGUAAGUGGUCUGCAGAUGGUGUGUGGUUUUAUCUGCCUUGGGAGGUGAAAAACUACUGUGUCAGCCCUGGAGUUCAGCCUUACUUUUGAAUUGCUUCACUUAGAAUAUAGUCCAGAGAUAAAUAAAAGCUGUACUCCAAACUGCGAAAACUUGGUUGUGCGUUUUGGUCCUUAAAAUUCUGGAAGCUCGGCUGUUUCUCACGUGCAGCAUUCCAUCAGGAGUUUCCUUGGUUUGAUGGAAAUAUGUUUAUUCUUCACCAAUGUUUAAAGAAAAUCUUACAUAGGAAUUGAAAGUUUACUCCUUUGCCCAAAUGGACUCGUUGCUAACAAAUCGCCAAAGGAGCAUUUUUUCCAGGAUGGGCUAUGUAUGAUGUUACGCUAAGCAAUGUCCUUUCCAGCUAUACAAAGAGGAGAGAAAGAUUUGAAGUGGACUCACCUCAGUUAACCCGUGGAUUUAGUUUCAGUAACCCAGAAGGCUAGAUGGCAAUAAUCUGAAGUCUAUUUUGGAAAAAUAAGAUUAUAGUUAACAUCUGAUCAACCAUUAGCAAUACUGCAGUAUACCCACGCAGCACCAGUGACACAACAAAGAUGAACUGGUAAUUCCUACAAAUUGCAUUUCAAUCCGACGAUGUGUUAUGAGUCAUAAAACUGCAUGAAAUUUCUUGCACUAGCUACUUGGGCAUGGUCUCAGUUUUGGAAGGACAUGUAUCUAUUUCCAGUGGCUUAUUAUGAAGACUGGUUAAAUCUCAAUUCCUUCUCUAGUACAAUCCUAUUCAAAGGCAUUGUCUCCAUUUGGCUACUGAAGUUAUUUUAAAAACCUGAUUUUUUCCCACCUCAGGAAGUUUAUUUUAAAAAAACAAUAAAACCGAGGCUCUGUAGUAGGAAGCCAACAAAGUGAGAAGUGUGCUCAGUCGGAAAGGAAACGCCUGCACUCUCCCGAAUCCCCUAUCUGCGGGUAUGUGGCAUGUCUGACUGCUCAUGGAGACGGCCACGUUCGUGGGAAUGAACGAGUUAAGCAUGUUUCAUAUCCUUGUUGAUGCACUAAUGAAAGCCAUUUAAGCCUCAUUCUUUUUAUCAGUAUUUUUAGCAGGUUUUUAUGUAGUACGCAAAGCUUCCUUCUCGAGGAGGCUGGUUGGUGGAAGGACUUUUCCUGCUUAAGCACUGCGCUGCGGUGUGGGCAUCGUCAGGUGUUGGUGGAUGGCUGUUUUUGUUGGAGGUGGCGAAGGGUGGGGAGUUGGUGGAAUCAAAAUUUAUUAGCCUUAUAAGAAAUAGCCUUAACUAAGAACGGAGUGUACAAAAUUACUUCAGCUUUAAGUCAUACAGAAAUAUCCUUGUAUGUUAAUGGCUUUGGUACAAGACUGGAAAAAGCAUAGAGGGGAGUCGAACAUCAUAUAAACUUAUUGAGAAUAAGUAUUUGUAAAACCAGCAGCCUGUUUUUCAGAAACUUGAAUAUGACUUACAGUUAGUUUUGUUUAUGAAAUUGUUCGAACUUGCACAGUUGUAGGUGUAACUUAAAUGACAAAUGGUACUGAUGUGUGUGUAUAUAUGUUUAAUUCUAUUUGUAAAUGAGAAACUAUGUAACAAAACCAUAGGUAUGAGGUUUUCCUAUUGUAAUUUAAUACAGGUAUGAGGUUUAUGGCAAUAUAUCAUAGUUAAUGAAUUUCAGGUCAAAAUGUCUUUAAAUUGUGUACAUUUUUAAAUUGUAAUUUCUACUGUAUAUUGAUUAUCAUGCAUAGUGUGAUUCAAUAAAUUGCUUGUAAUUUAAAAAUAUUUAAUAUUAAAAAUAAAAUAGUUAUAUAUUUAUAA